ACCAUCUUCUACCCACGUUUCCAUAUUCUUUCCUUGCUGUGCCAAGAUCUUUCACCAACACCAUGGCUACUCCUGCACCCACCCAGUCUCAGACCUGGACGCUCCGAGAAAAGCCUUACGGAGAACCAAUUCUGCACGGAAAUAAUCCUACCUUCGUAUUGAAGACUGUGAAGAUCCCUCCUCUGAAAGACGGCCAGGUGUUAUUGAAGACGUUGUAUCUCAGCAAUGAUCCGGCACAGCGCUCAUGGAUUUCACCCCUCGCCCAACCAGAACGGCUUUACCUACCGCCGGUUCAGGUAGGAGAGUCGAUGAAAUCCCUGGGCAUCGCUACGGUGGUCGAAUCCCGAAGCCCAGACAUUCCUGAAGGGAGUCUAGUCAUCGGCAGUCCUGGCUGGACUGAAUAUUCCAUUGAUGAUGCCAGCAACGUUUCGGUCAUUGAGACUCAACCGGGCUUGCCAGUCACUCACUUCUUGGGGUCACUGGGUCUACCGGGACUCACGGCCUACUAUGCUCUGACACAAAUUGUCAAAGCGACGCCGAGUGAUGCCAUUGUGGCCAGCGGUGCGGCUGGGGCAGUUGGAACGAUGGUGGUUCAGAUUGCCAAGAAGAUGAUUGGGUGUCGCAAGGUGAUUGGACUUGCAGGGACCGACGCAAAAUGCAGAUGGGUGGAAAAUCUGGGAGCAGAUGUCUGCUUGAACUAUAAAUCACCCUCAUUCAAGCAGGAUCUUACCAAGGAGACCGAGGGAUUUGUGGAGAUUUACUUUGACAACGUUGGUGGGGAUAUCCUGGAUUUUAUGUUGACCAGGUUGGCAAAGUUUGGACGUGUGGCUAUUAUGCGUCUCCAAAUUCUGGGAUUUAUUAACAUUGACUGGAUCGACCACCUGUCGGAGGUACGACAAAUAUUAGUCGACGAAUGGAAGAAAGGCAAUCUGAUUGUCAAUGACAAGAGUGAGAUGAUUGUUGAAGUAGAUUUUAAGGACAUUCCUAACACUUGGAUGAUGUUAUUUUCGGGAGGGAAUACAGGCAAGCUAGUUACGAAGCUGAGGCAAUAA